AUAUACUUUUGACCUAGUAAACCUUGAUUACAUAAAGAUUAUUUCCUUAAUUACGAUAAUUAAUAAAUAUAAAAUAUCGCCCAUUUAUUGCUCACGUCAUCAUUUUACCUUCGCGGAUAAGGUAUUCUCUUUCUUUAAGAAUCUUCAUCGAAAUCACAACUAUACAUUUUCCAAAAUAUCUCCCAAUUCGUAAUUGUGAUCAAUCUUCUGCGAUUCAAGCUUCUCGAUCGAAGAAUCAUGGGAGGAGGAAGAGCUAUGGCGACGGCAGCGAAAGUUGCUGGAAUCGGAGUUGCUAAAGGAGGAUUCAGGGGAGGAUUUGGAUUUCCUCCGGCGACUGAACAUUUUAGGGUUAAAACCGCGGCGGCGGCGGCGUCUAAACCGGUUUCGGCUUCGAUUUCAUCGGCGGUUCAUCCUUCUGUUGAAGAAGAUGGUAUGAUUAUGCAGAGACCGGUUUGGGAUGAUUGGGAAUUUGCUGAAGAAGAGCCAAUUCCUAGAGUUGUUUUUAGCAAACCUCCUAGUCUUGAAGAGGCUAAAGAAGCUACUGAGGAUCUGAAAGAAGCAAUUAAUAUGGUGUAUAUGUCAUCUCCAAAGUCGUCUGCUGCUAUGGAAGGAUCAAAUGAUGGUGGUGCUGUUUCCAAAAUGCUCUCAGGUUUUCAAUCUUCUGAGAACAGAGCUGUUGAAUCAGCUGUUCCACAAGUUGCUCUUCAAGCAUUUGCUUUUCUGAGUGAAAACACCGCCGCGCAGACUGUUGUUGCUUCCAUUGCGUGUGACCCAAAAGUAUGGGAUGCUGUUAUGGAGAAUAAGGAUCUCAUGAAAUUUCUCCAGACCAACAAUACUGCUGCUUCCUCUCAAGUUGAAUCUGACAAUGACGACCAAUCUGAACAUUCGAGCACGACGGAGUGUGAAGUCAUGGAAACUAAGCCAAUGGAACUCUUAGAGAUUCUGCAGGACAUGAAGCUAAAAGCUGUUCGAUUGAUGGAAAAUGUCUCUUCCUACUUUGGGGACUUGUUUGGGUUAGGAUCAGUUACAGAGGAUGGAAAAGACAAGAAGCAGACAUUGUUCAACGACCCUCGUUCUCUGUUUGGAUUAGCUGUGGUUGUCAUCUUCAUGGUAGUUUUAAAACGUGCUUAAGGUCUCUUGUUCCUGAAUUCGCCGAUAUAGCGGAAAAACAACUACGUACUGUGUGAUUUCACUCCUUUGCUUUCUUAUCGUUUAAACUCUGUUUUUUGUUUAAUUGGAAUGGUUUGGAACCGUCUCUGGAUCUUUUCAUAUUAUAAAAAUAAAAAGAUCCUUUGGAUGUUUUAUCCAU